AUUUUAUUUAGUAAGAUGUGCCACAACAGUUUCAAAUUCAUCUACUACCCCUAUAAAAUCAUGAGAGGACGGAGAAUCAAAUCAUCUGCACCGUUCAAUAAGAGUAAUCCAACGAUUCAUAGCCCUCAUAUGUUUAACACCAAACAUGUUUUACUGUCAACCGAACUCCUCUGCCCAUGAGAAAAAAAUUGUGCCCACUUAUCCUGCCCGCUCCAUGCCCACGGUCGCUCCACGAUCUUUAACCAGAACUCACACACGCACGUAUUCCGUCCACCUCCUCCCCAACCUCUGUAGCGGAAGGUUAAAAAAAAAACCUCUGUAGCGGCAGGCUUCUUCUCCCCGGAUUCCCUUCUUCCCUCCUGCUGCGCGGCGGCGAUGCGGUCGAACUCGUCGGAGAGCUUCCUGACGCGUUUCUACCGCCGCUCCAUGGCCUCUGCCCUGAUGCAUCCUCCGUGCCCAGCCGCCGCCUCGCGUUCCUCCGCGCCCGGCCGUCGCCGACAAGGCGGAGGAGCCAGGCGAAGGGGAAAUCCCUCCAGGGUCGGCGCAGUAGGCGAGCGCCGCGUAGGCGUCGGCGGCGCUGAUGAGGACGACCCCCGACCUUACCCAUCCCGCCCACGGAAGGCCUUGGGGAGGAAGACGCAGACGACACUGUGGAGGAGGAUUGGGAGCAGGGAGCCCGUCUUGAGCCGCAUUGCCGCAGCCACAUCGUGGCAGGUGCUUCCCUACCCGGGCGCUCUCCCCCGCUCCGGCGCCGCAAUCCAGCCCGAAUCAGUGCCUUCCUUCGUCGUCGAUCUGCGGCCCCUUCAUGCGCGUGGUGCGCCCGACGCGCCGCCUCCACACGCUGCACUGAAGGACCUCAGCAAUUGAAAGUACACCCACAGAUACAAGGCACCCCACACAGUGUGAAUGAUUUACCAAAGUUCUAAGCUAUCUAAGGCGUUGGAUUUUGGUUCAAAACGAAGAAUGUACUGACAUAUAAUUGCAAAACUUACAUCACUGAAUGAUAUAAGAAAAAACAGAUAUGCAAUGCAUAGGAACACUGAUGUGGGUUUUAUAUAUGGAGUAAGCAGAUCCCCUGAAAGAAUCACUUAGGAACACUGAUGUGGGUUUUAGAUAUGGAGUAAGCAGAUCCCCUGAAAGAAUCACUUUUCUGAACAAUGCAAUUUCCUCACAUUAUGCCAAUAGUAGGAAGAGAGUUAAACACUAUUCGCAAAAAAAAGAAAAAAAAUGAAGAGAGUUAAACACAUCAACACAUAUCUUUCGGGAAUAUCGUUAUGCUAUGUCCAGUGAUAUACCAUGUAUACAUAUAUAAAAGGUUAAAAGUGAAAAAUGUCUAGCAAAAGAAACCAUGCCCAGGAGCUACAUAGAUUUUGGCCAAAUAUAUUUUGAAGAACUGAGUUGGAAUACUAGGGAGAGCAGGCCCGGGACAUUGUUCUUUACAGUUGAUUUUCUUCAUCAAAUUUGGUAGCCCCAAGAUGCACCAGGAGUAGGCACAAGGAGGCGGAUGGGGGCAGUUAAUUUACUAUGUGUUAGUUGUUAAAUAUAUUUCCAAAUGUUGAUACUCCUACUUGCACGUCGUAUGAUUUUUUUUUAAAUGCUUUGUAUGUUAAAUGAACCAUGGCGAUGUUUUUGUUUAGUUGCCUCUGAUGUACAUGCUUUUAUUUUCUCUUUUUCUCAUAAUUCCUAGAUUUAGGAAAAUAUAUGGGUGAACGAUCUAUAGGAUUUAAUAGCCCGUGCUCCCUUGCUGUCCAUCUACAACUCAAGUUCGUGCUCUACUAGAGCGAGGCUGCGGUCAUACGAGGACAUCAUCUAGAAGAUCUUCGAUAGGUGCAGCCAACUGAUUGAUGUUGGUGUGGAUGGCUUGUAGGUCGAGUCAUUCUCGGUUUUCUACUGCUAUACCUCGCAUCAAGAAGAUCUUCGGUGGGUUUCAUAAUCGCAAGCUCAACUGUCAUUAUACAAAUUGAUUGCUAUUACCAUGCAUGUGAAUGUUUUGUUUGAAGUAAGUCAAACUCUAUUCGUCAUGUGACGUUUCCAAAUUGAAUAAGUAGAAGUGCACAUCUGAUGUAUGUCUCGAAUUAAUGGUUUUAGAAAUAGUGAGUUAUUUUUAUGAACACGAUGGGCAAACACAUUUUCUUUAUGUGUUGAUCCAGAGAGAGGUUAACUUCCACUUUUACUGUCAUUAACCUUUAUUGCAAUCCUGAUAAGCACAUGGUAAAUUCUCCACUAAGUGUAUAUUUCUUGCAUGUUAUAAGCCCUCAGAUCAAUGAUGAUGCUAAGUUAUUCUUUAUUUGAUGAUGCGGAGAGAGGUUAACUUUCAUUUUUACUGUCAUUAACCUUUAUUGCAAUCCUGAUAAGCAGAUUGUGAAUUCUGUACUAAGUGUAUAGUUCUUGCAUGUUAUAAGCUCUCAGAUCAAUGCUGAUGCUCAGUUUUCUUUAUUUGAUGAUCCAGAGAGAGGUUAACUUCCAUUUUUACUGUCAUUAACCUUUAUUGCAAUCCUGAUAAGCACAUGGUGAAUUAUGUACUAAGUGUAUAGUUCUGUACUAAGUGGAAAGAUUUGUAGUUUCCCUGGCAUGUUUAGCAUCUGUAGUUAUUUCCCUUAUUUAAAUGUAGAUGAUUUUUUUUAAUCCAGAUGCAUCUAUUCUCUGUUUCAACCGGGGGAAUGUUCUAAUAUAGCUCUGUUUCUGGCUAUAUUAUUGUUUCUAAUAGCUAUCUGGAUGUGGGAAAAUAUCAGGUGAUAUGGGAGAUUAGAUCCUCCCGUCAUGCGGGCUCCUGUGAGCCGUUGGAUAUGAGAUUAAGAGGGAUUGAAGGGAGAAAAGGGCGGUUUGAUAUGCCUUUUUCGAAGCCGACGCAGGAUAUACCUUUAGAGCGGAUAAAGAUGAUCCAGCUGCGUCAUGUAAAUUUUUGAUACAUCUGCAUCAUAUGUGAAUUUCUUAUUAAUUUCCGCAUGGGUUAGUUUGCUGCAAAAGGUUGUAUUUUGAUUUGAACUAUGAAUUUUGUUUUUGGUUCAUGUUGUGGGAACAACGAUGGAUGGAUGUAAAUCCUUUGGAAAAUCAGACAACAGUUAGAUAUGAAGCAUAUCCAUCUUAUUACUACUUGACAUGUAAAA